GGGACGGGACUUCCGGAACCAGCCCCCAUCACCAUUGGCUGACCUGAGAAAUAGGGCCCGCCCCCUUGGCUUUGGGGCUGGCUGAGGGGAGGAUUUCCGGUGACCCACUUCCGUUCUUUGGUGGUGUGGACUGUGGGCCGCUGGGGUCGGUGAAGGCUCUCCAGAUGGCUGGACGGAAACUUGCUCUAAAAGCCAUUGACUGGGUAGCUUUUGGGGAGAUCAUACCCCCCAACCAGAAGGCUGUUGCUAACUCCCUGAAAUCCUGGAAUGAGAUCCUCACCUCCAGGUUGGCCGCUCUGCCUGAGAAGCCACCUGCCAUCGACUGGGCUUACUACAAGGCCAGUGUGGCAAAGGCUGGCUUGGUGGAUGACUUUGAGAAGAAGUUUAAUGCCCUGAAGGUUCCUGUGCCGGAGGAUAAAUAUACUGCCCAGGUGGAUGCUGAAGAAGAAAAAGAUGUGAAAAUUUGUGCUGAGUUUUUGUCUCUCUCUAAGAGCAGGAUUGAGGAAUACAAGGAAGAGCUGGAGAAGAUGAAGAACAUCAUUCCAUUUGAUCAGAUGACCAUUGAGGACUUGAAUGAAGUCUUCCCAGACACCAAAUUAGAUAAGAAGAAGUAUCCCUACUGGCCUCACCAGCCAAUUGAGCAAUUAUAAACUUGAGUCUGGGAGAAAGCUCUGGCCCUUGAAUUAUAAACUCUGGACAUUAAAAAUAAUUAUAUAGUG